AUGGAGUUAACUCCUAUCAAAGUCCGCGGUAAACGCCGCCGUGGUAACGAGGCUGUCGUCGCUAUACCUAAGAAGAGAUCUAAGACUGUCGGCAAAUCAAAGCUACGCAAAUCUCGAAGAUCUCGUGAAUCAAAAGCAUCAUACCUUGAGAAGAUACCGCUAGAAAUACUAGAGCGCAUUCUAUGGUAUAGUGAGAACGUCAACUUGCCCCGUUCUAGCCCUCUUAUUGGACGCCUCCUGUCAGGGCGUUCUACUCUGCGCGAGACUUUCAUCGUAGCCUUCCAACCUACCUGGGACGCCUGGUUUGGUUGCAUCGGCGAUAGAAACGACUCUACUCGCCCUACCGAGGGUAAUCCCGACUUCCAGAAGUCCGGUCUCCUAGAAUAUCCCUGGACCAGCAUCUCCUUUAUUCUUGAAUCCUGGGAUUUUUAUGUUCGAAGACUUGCUAAGGCACAGCACACUGGAAACAACCAGCCUUUUCACCUCCAGCAUGUUAGAAUAUGGGGAGAUCCGGAUAAUCCAGCUAAUGCCAUGGUAAAAGACGAUUCCAAUGUAGUGAACUCCCAAGAGGCUAGCCGCUGUUUCUUCCACGAUUACGCUGCCUUCCGAACGAUUGAGGAACAUAUCAGAUAUUAUCUCAGGACGUUCUACACCCAAUCAACUCAAUCAACCUUUUUACAAGUUCACAAGGAUACUCGAAUACCGGAUUUCCUAUUUACCUCGCCCUACAGUGAUGAUAAAAUUCAAAAGCUGUUCUGGUUGGUUCGAGGUGGCGCUCGUUUAUCUCCUGAACAGACAUGGGAACUUACCCUUCAGAGCUUCCGCGACGCGGCACCGGAAACAUGCCUCAUAUUGGCAAAGUCAAUCUCACUAUGA